AGGUCUUUGCUUUUCUAUUGAAAGAGCUUACCAGGAAAAAAAAAAAAAAAAAAAAAACCAACAAAAAAACCCCAAAACAAAACAAACCCAAAACAAAGCAAAGAAAAAACAAAAAAAAAGAGAAGAUUGCCAUCUGUGUUCAAGCCACCUAAACCGUGCAAACCACAGAGAAAACAGCCUUUGACAGGUUCUAGUUAGGCUGGGGUCCUGGGAGCACACACCCACCUCAGCCUACAAAAGGCCCAAAUCUUACUCGUUGGUGCAAACAGAAAACACGGUGUGCGGCGGUGUGACUGCUGGGUGUGACGUCCGGGCUGGCCCCCCUGCACCGACUGUCCUGGUUACGGAGCCCUCUUCAAGACUGAGUAAAGGUCUGGCUGAAGAUGGCAGUUGCAAGCAUAGCCACCCACCCUGGCAUGGCCAGCCUGGAUUACUACAGGAAUGACAGCGCGGUGCUGUCCCUGUACGGAAACCCGGCGAACGACACUGACUUCACGUGCGACAAGAGGCAGGUCAGGCAGUUCGCUCGAGCCUUCCUGCCGGUGCUUUUCUGGCUCAUCUUCUCUGUGGGCACAGUGGGAAACGCCUUGGUCGUGCUCGUCUACUGCAAAUACCGCUUCAGGAGGAGCACGGUGGAUCGGUACCUGCUGCACCUGGCCAUUGCCGACCUGGUCCUCCUCUUCACCCUCCCUUUCUGGGCCAAGGCUGCCUCUGACGGCUGGAUCUUCAAGAACUUCAUGUGCAAAGUCGUCAACAGUGUGUAUAAGAUCAACUUCUACGGCUGCAGCUUGUUCCUAACCUGCAUCAGCUUUGACAGGUACAUCACUAUUGUCCAGGCGAUGAAAGAUAAAACUUCUAAGCGGAGGCGGCUCCUGCGCAGCAAACUCAUAUGCUUGGCUGUCUGGCUGAUGUCCAUGAGCUUGUGCAUCCCAGAAAUCAUGUACAGCCAAAGCACGUGGGUGGGUGACAUGACAGUUUGCAAAAUUACGUACCCACCAAAUGUCAGCAUGCACUUCAGAAUUACAGUCCUGGCCUUGAAAAUCACAAUCGGAUUCUUCCUCCCGCUCCUUGUCAUGGUUAUUUGCUACGCCCUUAUCAUCAACACCCUCCUGCAAGCCAAAAGAUCCCAAAAGCAGAAGUCUCUGAGGAUCAUCACCAUGAUCAUCACCGCUUUCCUCCUCUCUCAGUUCCCAUACAAUAUUGUUUUGCUGGUCAAAGCCAUCAACGCCUACGCCGGGGCGGCGUUCAGCUGUCAGGCUGCCGACCAGCUGGACAUCGGGCUGCAGGUCACCCAGAGCAUCGCCUUCCUCCACAGCUGCCUCAACCCCUUCCUCUACGUCUUUGCCGGCGAGCGGUUCAGGGCGGCUCUGGGCAGGAUGCUGCAGAGCGGCGGCUGCUGCCGGAGCGGGGGCCCAGAGCACUGCUCCUCCGCCUGCAACAGCCAGGAGCACAGCUCAAACCGGUCCAUUGCCAUGCUGGGCAGGCGGCGGGUGAGGAGCUCCCUGACCCUCAGCACCCACUUGACCUCCUCCGUUACACCCCCGCCUUGCCAAGUCCUCUUGUAAGUUAGUCCUUCCCCGCUCCCCGCCGGAGGAGGACCAAACUCUUUGGAAACCCUCUAUGUACCCCAAAGACUGUCCCAGAGGAGCGGGGAGGGCCGGGAGCUCCUUGCACAACCCCGUCCUCACGGUGCGGGGCCCAACCGGGGCUCACUGCCUGAAAGGAAGGGAAACCCUUGGCACAGGGCAGCAAAACGGAGCCAUACUUGUAAGCAGAACCGAUAGAGGACAAAAGCUAUCUUUGCAGCAGCUGUAAAUACCCGGCCCAUCUGCGGCUCAGACCACAGCCUGAAAUAACAAGCCUCGCAGGGAGGCGAUAAACCCAGCUACGGCAGCAACAGGGGCAGAUGGAGGAGGAUGAACCACCCGUCCCGUCCAUAGGAAGCAGCAGGAGGGGGCUCAGCCUUCGUUUGCUGGCCAGCCAGGGCCUGCUGCGGAGGUGGCCAGACUCGGGAACGCUGCCCGCUCCCACACCAGUAAAGGAGAACAGCCCUUAGCUCCUACACUGGCUCAUUGCAGCAGGCAAAUGCUGCGCUUUGUGCCUCUGCAGAUGCAACUCUGUUUUGCUGCACAGGUGGUUCUUGCAAAGGAAAGCCAGUCAUUCGUGUUCAUAAAGUAGCUGUUGCAGAAUUAGAUCUACCUUUCUCCUAUAUUUUAGCUGUGUGAUGUAAGCUGAAACUGGGUACAAUUUAUUUGCUGUGGCUCCGAGUUUGAUACUAGAAAAAAAGCAAAAAUCACACCUUGCAGGCAAAAUUCAAGGGCGUCAGAGAUGCCGAGUUGUCUGUCCUGGGGACAUUUGCUGGGGCAAAGCUGUAGUAAACCAGAACUCAAAACACCAAACCCAUGGUUCAACAGACGGCUGGCUAUGCGCUGAUACCUUUGCUAACGGUGAGAAAAUAUAUUUAGCCUGGGGCCAGUAAGACAGAGAGUAAUUAAGCGCCAAACCUAACGUUAAUGAAAUUUGGAUGGAGAGUUCAGGUUGGGGGGAGGCUGCGGUUCCCAAAAGCACCAUGCUGCAACGCACCCUGCAAUUUCUGUAGGGCUUUCUGGUGCGGGUGCUGGUGCCCGAGGCUGCAGGGCACCGCGUGGCCGCUCCCCUCGCUCAUCCCCUCCCGGGGACCCGGCCUCGCCUCUCCUGCUCAAGCAACUGCAACUGCCGUGCUCAGGAGGCUUUCUUUUAAAUAGUCACAUUUAACCCCGUUUGCUUCCUGGCAAUUAUUUCUUGCAGGAAGAAAGAGUUUUCAUUGUGUAUUAAUCAUUAAAGUGUGUCGAUAAACAGAAGCUUUCUGCAAGGUUUAGCUAAGAUGGGGUUCUACUUUCCUAUAUGUUUAUUAGAACCUUUUAAACUUUUUUUUGCCUUUUCCUUAUGCAAAAAAAUGGUCAAAGAUAUAUGUGGUUUUUUGCUACAUGUGUAUGAAGGGUUCGGGGUUUUUUGCGAUUUGUGUCGAGCUCAAUACGAAUGGAAGCUGCAAUUCUGUUAAAUAAAGGCGCUGCCACGUA